AUGUUUCAUUUGUGGAUUGAAUUAAAAUUGAAAUAUUACUUAGCUGCAAGAACUGAUCGAUGCGUGUCAGCAGCUAGACAGAUGUGCUCAAUGCGGCUUUCACCAGAUAAUCAUGAAGAUUUUUUAAAGACAGCUGUUUCUGCACUUAACUCUCAUUUAUCGGAAGAAAUUCGAGUUUUAGGUCUUAGACGUGCAAUUCGUUCUUUUAAAGCCCAUAAAGACUGUGAUAAACGAACUUAUUCCUAUACAUUACCAACGUAUGCAUUUGCCAAAACAAAUGAGCUUACAACCAAUGACUUUCGUAUAAACGAAGCGUCUAUUGCAGAAUUGAAUGAUUUACUUUCAUUAUACAAAGGAACACACAAUUUUUUCAACUAUACCUCUGGAAGAACUUACGAAGAUCGAAGCAGCAUGCGAUAUAUUCAUGAUUUCAAAUGUGGUCCUACACAACUUGUUGAAGACAUUGUACGAGGGGAUAUGGUUGAAUUUAUUACACUGUAUAUUACUGGCCAAAGCUUCAUGCUGCACCAGAUUCGGAAAAUGAUUGGUAUAAUUUUUUUAUCGUUCACGAUGGAUGUACCAAAAGCACCUGGCUUGGGAUUAAUAUUGGAAAAGGUACAUUAUGAGAGAUAUGACAAGUGGUAUGAAAAAACGCAUGAAAAGUUAAAUAAUUGGAGUGACGAAGUUGAAAAUGAGAUUGGUAAAUUUCGAGAGCGUUAUAUUAUUGCAGAAAUUUGUAGACAGGAACUUGCCACUCAUUCGAUGUUUUUAUGGUUAACUACUUUAAUAAAGCAUGAUAUAUUAAUACCUGGAAUAACAAGGUCUUCAAAAGAACGAUUGCCGUUGGGGUUGGCUUCAGAUCUGGCUUAUGUUAGUUUUUAUUCUUUUGUUUUAUGA